GAGAGUGAUCAGGUGCAUCAGGUGUUUUCAAGAGUUGUAGGUGUGGCCAUGAGAUCAGGAAGGAACCUGACUGGACAAAAAGCUGGUUCCCUUAGGCUUAAGUUAAGCCUUGAGCCAAACAAGCACAUUCUAGACUCAAACCAUUUCUUAAUUUGUGGGCGUAUUGAUUAUUCACAUGAAAAAUUCCAAUAUUUCAUAGAUGGAUGUCGUCAAAUUUAUGUGGAUAAGCAGGUAGUUUGUAUCUGUGAUCAGACUGGAACUUUCACCUUGCUUCUGGCUUCAGUUCCAGAAGCUACAACUGAAAGCCUUCUAAAUGGCUUUGAAAUGAUUGCUGGAAUUGGCUGUGCCAUUUGUGUUUCUCUCUUGUGCCUAACUUUAGUUAUCCUUGUGUUGUGUUGGAGGAAAAUCAGUGGUGCCAUUACAGCCCUCAAAAUACAGUUUACACUCACAGUGCUUGGAUUUCAUAUAACGUUCCUGAGAUUGUUAUCGGGUCCUCUGUCAUUGGAGUACUAUCCUCAUGUUAUUUCAUUGCUGGUCUUCUGUCUACUGGGUGCCUUCUCUAUCCAGCUUUGUUUAGGUCUCACAGUCUAUGUUGAAUUUGUUAAUUUACGCAGUAUUCACAAUCUAGAACUAAAGAUUGCUGCUAUGGGAUGGGCUGUGCCAGUUAUUGUUGUUGUGGCAACUCUGGCUGCUCAAGUUCCUGAGGGCUUUCAUCUGGAAAGUUGGUGGCUGGUAGUUGGAACAAAAUUCUUUUAUGCUUUUAUUUCAUCAGGAAGCAUUAUUAUAGCUUUGUAUAUUUUGAUGUUUGUGACUGUGAAAGCUGAAUUGAAAGAGCAUGAACGGUUCGAUUCUCCAAUGCUGAAAAAAGUACACAACAGGAAAGGACUGAUACACCGCUCCAUCUUUGUGCUGAUUGCCUUAAUUCUGAUGUCUUCCUCAAGUGUUCUCUACACAAAUAAUGACUCCAGUGUUUCUAAAUAUGUGUUUGCUUUGGCAUCAUCGCUAUUAGGGUUGGUAACGUUUCUUCUUUUCACUGUCCAUGGAGAAAACCGUCAUCAGAUCAGUUUUUGUUUAAAACAUGAUCAACUAAAAACUAAACAACAGGAUGAACCAAUGAGGAUAAGAAGCAAUUCUUUCAAGAUGUAUGUUAAGCCAGAGGUCAUAAAUAACAGGCCUCAGUACCUAGAUAUAAUUGAGGACUGUCCAGAGAAGAGAGCAGAACGAGUUCGACGAAUGAGAUCAGAAAUAGAAAGAGCAGAUAAAGAGAAACAUGGGAAAGAUUAUGACCAUUUACUGGCUAACAAUACAAAAGAUUCAGGAUUGCCAAAUUUUUAUAAGAACAGCACAAUCCAAACAGGUAGCUUAGAUCCUUUUGACAGUGAGAAUGGAUUUAGUGAUGAUGAAUCAUCUUUCCCACACAGAUUCCAUCAUCCAUUGGUAACCUGUCAAGGUUGUGCUGAUAUUUCUUCCUUUGAAUUACAAGAAUUGGAUGGUAGUCCACGGAGUAGUCACUCUUUUGGGAAAAACAUCUUGGUUGAUUCAGAAGUAGAAAACCCCAGAAAUAUUGACACAAUCAGCUCUUCUGCACUGUCCACCAACUCUGCUCAUCCAGAUUCUGCAGACUGUUCACAUGUGCCAAGCCAGGAUUACUUUCAAAGUCCACACUCCACAAACCAGAGUGCCUUAAAUAAAGCUUACAGUGUCCACUCCUGUAACACUGGGCAUUUCCGGCACAACAUUCCUUUUCCGAGUGGAAGAUCGUCCAUCACAGAGGAAGAGGGUGGCAACCUUAUCCUAGGAAAUGGUAAGUCGCAGACCCUGAACCUUAACCCUCAGCCAUCAAAUAUAUCAACAGAAUGUAACAAAAAAGACAUCAGUACAAGCAACAACAAUGGUAAUUCAAGAACACAGACUUUGCCAGAACAGUCAGUGGAAAAGUGUGAUAACAUCAAUAUGGAGACUGCAGAUGAUUCUGGUACUGCUGUAAGUGGAAAGGUAAAGCCUUUCUCCAGCUCUUGCCAAAAAAAGCCCUUGAGUGUGACAGCUGUUUGAUAUAUUGUAUUUUUGUGUUCUGUAAGGUUUGUCUGUCAUGGCUCAUGAUUGCUCAGCCAAUAAAAUAUAAAAAAAAGUGGCCAAGA